AAAAAUGAGAACAUUCUAGGGCGCACGAUAUAUAUUUUUCAAGUUGGCAAGUUUCAUUCUUCGAGGUGUGCUAGAAAAAAAAGUCAAAAUCGUUCUUUCAAGAAGUUGCGUCACCCACAUGUUCUGUUUGAAGUGAAAUAAAGCCUGCAAAUAAAUUAAAUAGUUGAUAAUAUUGUCGCAAAAAUGUUGACCGCUACGCGGGUGAUUAGCCGCAAGGCUCUGGAGUGCUCCGGCUUAAGUUCAGACAUUUACACACAGAGGAAUUUCUCGUCAAUCCUCAGAAACACCGCAGCCCCCACUGUGCCUAUUUACCAGCAACAUGCUAUCCAGUACAGGAACAAGUCAGAGGGAGUGCGUGGCGCUGUCAUCGGUAUUGACUUGGGUACCACCAACUCAUGUGUCGCAGUCAUGGAGGGCAAGACACCUAAGGUGGUGGAAAACACCGAAGGUUCACGCACAACGCCAUCCCAUGUGGCGUUCAGCAAAGAGGGCGAGCGUCUCGUCGGCAUGCCGGCGAAGCGCCAGGCAGUCACGAACAGCGGCAACACUUUCUACGCCACCAAGAGGCUGAUCGGGAGACGCUUCGACGACCCUGAAGUACAGAAGGAUAUGAAGAACCUGUCCUACAAGGUGGUCCGCGCUUCGAAUGGCGAUGCUUGGGUGCAGGGUAGUGACGGCAAGGUAUACUCCCCAUCUCAAAUCGGUGCGUUCGUGCUGAUGAAGAUGAAGGAGACUGCCGAGGCGUACCUGAACACCUCGGUGAAGAACGCAGUCAUCACAGUGCCGGCUUACUUCAACGACUCCCAGCGGCAGGCCACUAAGGAUGCAGGUCAAAUUUCUGGUUUGAACGUGUUGCGAGUGAUCAACGAACCGACCGCUGCCGCCCUCGCCUACGGCAUGGACAAGACUGAUGAUAAGAUCAUUGCCGUAUACGACUUGGGCGGUGGUACGUUCGAUAUAUCGGUGCUGGAGAUCCAGAAGGGAGUGUUCGAGGUGAAGAGUACCAACGGAGACACACUCCUCGGAGGCGAGGACUUUGACAACGUGAUUGUCAACUUCUUAGUCGACGAGUUCAAGCGUGAUCAAGGCAUCGACAUCCGUAAAGACGCAAUGGCCAUGCAGAGACUGAAGGAAGCGGCCGAGAAGGCCAAGAUCGAGCUCUCCGGCUCCCUGCAGACCGACAUCAACCUGCCGUACCUCACCAUGGACGCUUCCGGACCUAAACACAUGAACCUUAAGAUGACCCGUUCAAAACUGGAGUCCCUGGUGGGAGACCUGAUCAAGCGCACCGUAGCCCCGUGCCAGCGCGCGCUGCAGGACGCCGAGGUACAGCGCUCCGACAUCGGGGAGGUGCUGCUCGUCGGGGGCAUGACGCGUAUGCCUAAGGUCCAAUCAACAGUCCAAGAGAUCUUCGGCCGUGCGCCCUCCCGCGCCGUGAACCCCGACGAAGCCGUGGCGGUGGGCGCCGCCGUGCAGGGCGGAGUCCUCGCCGGCGACGUCACGGACAUCCUCCUACUGGACGUCACGCCCCUCUCGCUGGGCAUCGAGACCCUCGGCGGAGUCUUCACCAAGCUAAUCACCAGGAAUACCACCAUCCCCACGAAGAAGAGUCAGGUGUUCUCUACAGCUGCGGACGGCCAGACGCAAGUGGAAAUCAAAGUGCACCAGGGCGAGCGAGAGAUGGCGGCGGACAACAAGCUGCUGGGCCAGUUCUCGCUGGUGGGCAUCCCGCCCGCGCCGCGCGGCGUGCCGCAGAUCGAGGUCACCUUCGACAUCGACGCCAACGGCAUCGUGCAUGUGUCUGCCAGGGAUAAAGGGACCGGGAAGGAGCAACAGAUCGUGAUCCAAUCGUCGGGCGGUCUAUCGAAGGACGAGAUCGAGAACAUGGUGAAGGCGGCGGAGCAGUUCGCGGCGACGGACAAGCAGCGGCGCGAGCGCGUCGAGGUGUCCAACCAGGCCGAGGGCGUGCUGCACGACACGGAGACCAAGAUGGACGAGUACAAGAGCCAGCUGCCGCAGGACGAGUGCGACAAGCUCCGCGGUGAGAUCGCGAAGCUGCGCGAGUUGUUGGCCAAGAAGGACAGCGCCGACCCCGAGGAGAUCCGCACCGCCACCUCCACGCUGCAGCAGGCCAGUCUCAAGCUCUUCGAACAGGCUUACAAGAAGAUGGCAGCAGAGCGUGAGGGACAACAGCAGACACAGCAAACUGAACAAAGCCAGGAGAAGAAAGAAGAGAAAAACUAAAGUGCAAACUAGUUGGACGGGACUCCAUAGUGUACAGACAGUAAAGAUUUUAUUAAUUACGUGGCAACACUACCGUUGCGUCACUGCACACAGACUAUAUAACCUAUCUGUCUGUUAUGGCUACUAGAGAUUUAAUAAUAUGACAAUAAUCUAUCUAUAAUGUUUAAAAACGUUGCCCCACAUUAGGAUUUUCUCCUGUGUCGUGCGUGCGUUUACAAACAUACAAGUUCACAUACACAUGACACACAGACCCGAAACAAAAAUUUGUGGAUCACACAAAGAGUUGGUCCGUGCGGGAAUCGAACCCGCUACACGUUGUGAGGCAGCCAGUUGCCUUGCCACCGCACCAACCGUGCAGUCGAAUGUAGAAAUAAGUCGGGUUUUCCUUCCUGACGCUAUAAUCUAGAGUUAUAGCGUGACGCAACUCACUACAGUAGUGCGAUUCUGUAUAUACCAAAGAGUGUGUACCAAAAUUUCGGGUUCGAUUCCCAGGUCGGGCAAAGUAUUACUGGGCUUUUUUCGAAAAUUUCUCAGUAGUAGCACGGAGUCUGGAAUUGUGCCCAGUAUAUGGCAAUAGGCUCACCUCCUAUUACAUGGGACUUUAAAUAGUGAAAAGUGGGUGUACAUUGUAUAGCGGCAUUGCGUGCCGUAAUGUGCACCUCUGCCUAUCCCUUCGGAGAUAAAGGCGUGAUAUUUCAUGAUUAAAAUGUCAGAUUUUUUAUCUCUAGUAGCCAGAUAUCGGAUAUAUAAGUUAUAUAGACUGGUCGUAUGUUCGUACGAAAAUCUGGAAAAACGUUUUUUCGCGCAUAAUUUUGUGGCUAAAAAGGCGAAUCUUUACUUUUCAUAUGAAAACAACGCAUUUAUAUAGUUGCAAGAGUAUAUUAUGCCUUAGAAUCUGAUGAUAUUAAAAAAUUAAUUGUUUUCAACAAUUACCCAGUUUUUUGUUUCUUUUAUACUGUAAUAGGGAUGAUGACGGGGUAUGGUAAUUAAAAAUCUAUUCAGUCCGUCAGUUAGGUAAUGAAAAAAUAUUAGACACGUAUUUUUUUAUUUUGUCAUAAGAUAACAAUACUUAGAUAAAACGAAUCAAAGUUUAGGAGUGGGAGCAAAUACGUCAUUUCUACAUAUAAAAUGUACCUAGAAGUAACAUCACGCGAUAUUUCAAAUCGAUAUAUCUUCAAAAGCAUUUGUUUUCGGGAGAAAAUAAAAAAUACGUGUCUAAUAUUUUAAAAUAAUCUACAAGACGGACAUUAAAAUUAAAGUUAGUCAUCUACCCUAUUUGCGGAUAUUUCCGAUCUGAAACCAGUUAGUAGAUAUUCAACCUUACAGUUUUUGUAGUAAAGUUUAAAAUUUGUUUCAAUAUCGAAAGCCACCUCAUACUUAAACCUUGAACCCUUAGUACUAGUUUACUUUACGUUUAAUGAAAACGAAACGAGAACGCAAUUAAGGGGCAGUUUGCAGUGAGAGAGACGGAGCUAUACAACCUACAUAGCUCCGUCCCUCUUGCACUGCUCAAUGAUCGACCAUUCUGACACAAUUGUAAUAGCAGACUAAGGCCCGAAUACACAAAUGCUACUCAAUUUUAAGUUGUACUUAAAUAUCGUGCUAUCUCUGUCAUUUUAUAAAGAAUUGAUAGUGACAGAACUAGUUUUGAGAGCGUCUUAAAAUUGAUUAGCGUUUGAGUAUUCGGACAUAAGGUCCCUGUACUCUGAUUGGCUGGCUCAAAUGAUCUAACCAAUUACAGCGCCGGACGCGCUCUCGUUUUAAAGUAAAGCAAACUCCUACUAAGCUAUGUAUGCUUGAUAGAAUAAAUUUGGUAGUGAAAAGUUUAAAAUAUAUAAGAUUUUGUUUUAAAAACUUGUUCGUUGCAAUAUAAUCUUUAUUCCUACAGUUUGAGAGUGGUAAAUGGUGUGUUUUUCGAACAAAAUCUUGUAUAUUUUUUCAAAUUGUUAUUGUAAAAUGUUAAGAUGUAUGUGUGAAUGUGUUCAUUAUUACAUUUUGUUCAUUACACAAGUUAGGCAGUGCCUAUUCAUUGGUGGCCGUUUUCAACAACCGCACCUAAACAAUCACUUAACUAAGAGUCACUUAGCCUUCUGUUAGGUGUCACUUGUCUUAAGAGUUCCUUAAAAUUUAGGUGAGAUUGGUGGAAAAGGCCAUUGGUAGUUUCCCAUCGAUAUCCAUUUUUCAUAUUUUGAUCCAAUUUAAUGAUAUUUUACAACUAUAACGUUGGUAUAAAGAGGUAUGGGACUCGAUUCCCGGGUCAGACAAAAGUAUUAUUGUAGUUUUUUUCGGUUGAAAAAAUGCGUACUGAAAAAAGUGAUUGUUACAUUGUAACAAUGUUCCCCUCUGCCUACCCCUCACGGGUAUUAAAAGACAAUUUAUUUAAAUAAUUUAACCGACUUUCAAAAGAAAGAGGUUCCUAUAAUAUUGUUGGAUUGGAUCUCUAUAUCGAAUGGUAUUCCUUCGACAUUGUUUUAAUAAGGGUCAAUUUAUACUAGCGCAGAGUCGAAGCGCAUCGUAGCGUCAAAUUCUUUAAUUCCAGCGAAUUUUGUUCGCGCGCUAACGAGCGAAUUCGAACGAAUACGCGCGUCUUUUUAAAAUCUCAGAAGUAAUGUGUGCGUUACGCUGUAGAGUUAAGGUUGAAUUUGUUAUGUUCAGUUUUGGAAAGACGUUUCAACUUUGCGCUAGUAUAAAUCGAUCCUAAGAUAUUAAAACUAAAUUAGUAUAUUCUAUUGAAACAAUGUUUUCAUCGCAUCACCAAAUCGAAAGCGUAUUAUAUAGCUGUUGUAUUUUCCAAAAAACAGUGAAAAUAAUGCAUUUUCCUCACUUAUGUAGUAGCCAUUAAUAAAUUUAGAUAUUUUAGAAUAAAUUUGUUAUUUAGUGUACAAGCUGAAGGUGUCUCUGUAGUUAUAAUGUGACUUGCAGCCUGUUUUAAUAAUUAAAUUAUAAAAUAAUUAUUA